AUGGCUUCUUCUUCCUCUAAAGCUCUAAUCGCACUGGGUACCAUUCUUCUUGCCCACGCAUGCUAUUCAGCCUAUGAGCACUCAGCACUUCACCUGGCAGCGGGCCUCCCGCUCGACAUCUCGAUAGAGACCGUCCUCUCAGUAGUCUUCAUAUGCGUUGGACUAGUCCUUGGUGCCGAAGAGCUCAAGCCAAUAAGCUGGAGAGUAUGGGCAGGGAGAGCUGAAAGAGAAAGCGGAGGGGGUGGGCCAUUCCAGGGGUUGGAGGAUAGGCUUGGCUUUGUGGAUAUAAGGGUAAAAAGGAAAGAUUUUGCGGACUGGGUACGGGACCAGGGGAGCGAUAACAAAGGGUGA